CGACCAUAGGAGAGACACUCGUCUUCACAUGCACUGAGAACAACUGUUUUUAGUUGUGCUUGCGUUCAAACCUCCAAGAGAUCAACAUGCCUAGGAGAAAGAGAGAAAUAACAGAAGACAAGGAGGAGCCCAAGAGGAGAUCAGCCCGGUUAUUAGAGAAGCCGGCCACAUCUAAGGUGGAACCAAAGGUUAAGAAGCCAGCAAAGAAAGAGAAGGUUGUGAACGAUAAGAAGGAAGACAAGAAGACCAAGAAGACAAAGGAGAACGCCGAGGCAGAGGCCAAUGAAGAAAACCACUCUGAGAACGGAGAGGCCAAGACCAAUGAGGUGGAAGAAGCCCCAGAGGAGGCCAAGGAGGAGGCCAAGACAGAGUAGCACCACUGCCCCAGCGUUCCCCCUCUACAGCCCUUCCCCUUGAAUCUCCCCUCUCAAGUCUCUCACAUGGUUUCCCUCCAAGGCGUAUUGUUAACAGAGGAAUAUUUUUAUCAAUGAUUUUAUAAGUAUCCGUACAGAUUUUUAGCACAAAAAGCGAAGCUGAUCAUGGAGCACCUUGCAGAUUUGCAGUGGUCAUAUCAAGUGUCUGCAAGCAAGACAAACAACACACUACAAUCUUUUUUAAAUGGCAUUUUGUGAUUGUUAAAGCCUCGUUUGGUGUAGAAAGUGUCCCCUGCCUGAUUGGCUCUAUCGUGACUUGUGUAUUCCUGUGUUUUUCCUCCCUCCACCUUCUCUGCAGAGUAGACCCCCCUCUCCCCUCCUCCCGAAGUUCAGCUUCCUAUCCAUGUUUUAUUAACGGUUCGGCCAUGUUGUUGUGGCUGUUUCUUUUAGAUCUCUUAAUAUGCAGUGACUUCCCUUUUACUUGUGUCUCAUGAUCCCCGUACCCCACCACCACCCUUCCAUUGAAAAUGUGUUUUUAAAAAUAAUUAAGCGCAUUGCCCAUAAGGAAGAGGAAGACGAACAUGUAAAACAUUCCUGGAACACUGAUGCCUACGACCUGUGUCCGAGACGACCCUGCGUUAUGAGAAAGAUGAAAAAACAGCUCUUGCGUCAUCCACACUGUCAUGUCAGCUUGUUUCUUUUAAAACGGUCGUUUUCUUUUAUUUUUUUAUAAUUUGAAUUUGGAAAUCACUUACAAACGCAGGUGUCUGGUCCUUCUCUUAUGUUCUGAAAUUCUCUUAAUAAAAACAGUCCUGGGAAUUUUCCUCGAA